ACUACCCACCCCCCCACCCCCGCCAUCCCACUGGCUAGACAUCUGUCCCUCAGAACGUGGGGAGGGGACAGAGGGUGGGGGGCAGGUUGAGAUUGGUUCAGCCCCCCUCCCCCCUCCUUUCUGGGUCUGUGGUGACCCCUGGUGGAGCUGUUGUGAAAUGACCCGUCUCACAGCUCAAGCGCCUGCCCCAGGCUGACGAGAGAACCCCAAAGCUCCCCACGAUGCUCCCCCCACCCACUCUCCCACAACCAUCCCUGAAGCAUCUUUUCCGGCAGCCAGCUCUCCAGUUGCGCGGAGCCCAGGACAGAGUGUGGCCUUUGUGAGGGGCGCAGGGAGGCCUGAGGAGUGGUCCCCCUCAGUCCUGGAGGUUGGGUGGCCUCUCUCCUCCCAGAGACCCUCUGUGGACACAGCCCGCAGCCUCGUGGAGCCCCUCCCUGAAGGCGAGGCCUGGCUGAGGCUUGCAAAGUUCCUGCUAUGCCUGGACUUCCCGCAUCUCGCCCCAGCAAUGCUGGAACCAGUAGGAAUAUACUACUGUCUCUCCAGUGUCCAGAAGGGCGCCUUGCACACACAGACACCUCCUUGAUCAAGGUUUGCUGACGGUAAGCACGAGGGUUGGUUUUGCCCCUCUAAUUGCAAUGAGGGUACAGAUGGAAAGAUGCACCUCUGUGUCCAUCCCACUCCCCAGGGCCUGUCACUACAUUGCCUGACGUCAGCUUGUUGAUGGCCGUGGAAGCUAUAAGACCCACAGCUAAUGCACGGUCCACAGGCCCCCCUCCCCGGGACUAAAGCACAAAGGAAGAGGCGGGAAUGGUCUUUCUGGUUCUAGACACCAGGAGUGCCAGGAAGAGGAGCUGAACAGAAGUAGAGGGUGGGGGAAGGGCAGCCCAAGGGGUGCUAAUCCCGGCUUCCUGUCUGGAUUUUCCUUGACUGCUGCUCAGGGCCUAUCUUAGGAUGGUCACAGCUGCCGAAAUAGAUCUCUCCCCUCACCUGUUCUGAAGCAAAGAAGACCUUGAUAACUUCCUGUCAAAAGAAUGCAUGCUUUGGUAAUUUUUCCAGGAUGUGGGACAAUAAUGGGGGCACUGGUGCUGAACUCCUUGGGGUUCUCCACCUCUGUAAAGCAGCGGCCAGGAAUGAGGGAGCAAACGGCCACAAGGGGGGAGUCCAGGGGCCAGCCACCUGUUUCUGGCCAGGGCCCAGUCUUUUCUGUGAACUUGGUUGAUGUUCGCUUCCUUGGUCUGCUCCAGAAACCACUCCCAGCCUGAAGGACGCCCCUCUGAUUCAGAGUGAAACACAUCCUCUGCCCUCCUCACUCACCUGCCUCUCUCUGCCAAGUCCGCUCCUACAGAAUUCUCUACGGGCCAGUCUCCCCAGCCCCUCACUCAUUCACUCAACAAACACGAGCCCCCCAGGCUAGGUAUUGGAGGUGCACAAGGGUGAGAGGUACAGGGAGGAGCAAGAUGCGAUGCCCGGGGAACCGACGCAGGUUGGAGGUGGGCAUCCCUCAGAGGCGACACCUCCUGUGGGAGAGCCUAACACGCCCGGAGCGCUGGGGCCGGGGAGGGACCUGCGCAUGCGUGGAAGGAGAGUUUCGCGUCGCCCACGUCGCCUAGGUAACCCGGACCCGCGGAAACCAGCAUGGCCUUCCGCAGCGGAGGAAGCUGGGGUCAGCUCCCAUCACAGAGUGCAGCCCCGACGCCCUGGGUGACCGUCCUGCAGCCGCUCGCAUGGGCCGCCCCACCUCCGCCCCCGCAGCCGGGCCGAGUGAAGGAAGACCUGCUGGAACUGAUGUUGCUGCAGAACGCGCAGAUGCACCAGCUGCUGCUGAGUCGCCUGGUGGCAGCAGCGCUCCACCCAGGGCCGGCUCCGCCCCACCCCCACCCUCAGGUCUACCUGGAGGGUCAACAAGAGGAAUAUGAGGAGGAGGAGGAGAAGGAAGUCCAGGAGGAAGGGCCUUUGGUGUUCCACCACCACUACCUCCCCUGCCCGAUGCCCAGUCCGGGUCCCCUGCUACCCUGGCCAGUCCCUUUUCUUUCCCCGCCCCCACAUCAGCCUUACUUGCAGGACACGUCCAGGAUUCAGCACCACCCUCCUGCCUCUGGGAGAAGGGGGUCGAGAGCCAUCCCCCCGCCCCCACCCCCCAGUGCCACAGGGACUGUGGGUGCGGAUGUACCCCCGGCUUCAGUGAGGCAGGAAGGGAGUCAAGGCGAAGGUGCUGUUCUCUCCCCAGACUACUAUGAUGCUGAGAGCCUACCAUGAGGGCAGAUGCCAGCCCUGGGACCCUGCCAGCUUCACCGCAGGGCUGGAAAGAGCCCUGGAGCCCUUACGUGCCCCUCUAGUGCCUGUGACUCUGCACCCAUGCCCAGCAGCCCUUCUCCUCCCUCAGCUGCAGCCAGGCUCUGUCCUGGGUGAAUCAAUACACUCUUCACCCCAUUGA